AUGAUCUACUGGUGUAUCAUCUCUCAAGGCACCAAAAAAUCCAAAAGUCCCAUAGGGGAGACGGCACCGCUGAACGAGACCUUGAUCCACGAGUCAAAGCAGCAGGGAAACAGCAAGGGUAGAACGGGCCUCAGCGGCCAUCAUCAUUGUGACGUCUGCGGCAAAAGUUCUCCCAAGAGUUGCAGGCGCAAGGGCCACAUUGUGGCGUGCGAGAAACACCCGGAUACUUGGUAUUCGAUCUACCAAUCCUGCGUCCUCUGCUGGACAGAGAGGAAAAGAGAGGCAACCAGAGAGGAGAAGGAGAGAGGUGCCCAAAGAGCGGCGAGGGGAGAAGGAACGAUGGGAUAG